AUGUCCUACGACGACAUUGAAAACGCGACUCCAGAUAUUAUUAUUGGCGGCACUAUUGAAGAAUAUGAGGAUAAUAAUGUGUACGAUGUUGAAAGCGACAAUGAGCAUGUUGAUGAGAAGGAUCUAGAUGAGUCAGAGUCUAAAGGCAAAAAAUCAGUAGCAUUUGCAGGUCUAGAUGAAGAAGAUGAGCAAAAAGCAGAAGAGAUUGCUAGGAAGGAGUUUGAAGAAGGCGGGGGGCUUCCUGAACAACCAGACAAUCCAGAUUUCACCAAGCUUACACCAUUAUCUCCGGAAAUCAUUAAUAGACAAGCCACAAUUAAUAUAGGAACCAUUGGUCAUGUAGCGCACGGUAAGUCCACUGUGGUGAGAGCCAUUUCCGGUGUCCAAACUGUUCGAUUUAAGGACGAGUUGGAGAGAAAUAUCACCAUCAAAUUGGGAUAUGCAAAUGCAAAAAUUUACAAGUGUGACAGCCUGGAAUGUCCAGAGCCGGACUGUUAUAAAUCGUUUAAAUCAGAUAAGGAGAUCAUGCCAAAGUGUCAGCGUCCCGGAUGUACUGGGCGCUAUAAAUUAGUGAGGCAUGUUUCCUUUGUUGAUUGCCCUGGGCACGAUAUUUUGAUGAGUACUAUGUUGUCAGGAGCAGCAGUCAUGGACGCUGCCUUGUUGCUAAUUGCAGGAAACGAAAGCUGUCCCCAGCCUCAGACAUCAGAACAUCUUGCGGCUAUAGAAAUUAUGAAAUUAAAGCAUGUCAUUAUCUUGCAGAACAAAGUGGACUUGAUGAGAGAAGAAUCAGCAUUAGAACACGAAAAAUCUAUUAUUCAGUUUAUACGAGGUACCAUUGCUGAUGGAGCACCAAUAGUCCCCAUUUCAGCACAGUUGAAGUACAACAUCGAUGCUGUGAAUCAAUUCAUUGUAAAUUCAAUACCGGUACCGAUUAGAGAUUUUACAGCAUCGCCUAGAUUGAUAGUCAUUAGGUCCUUUGAUGUGAACAAACCCGGUGCCGAUGUUGAUGAUUUAAAAGGAGGUGUUGCGGGUGGAUCAAUUUUGACAGGUGUUUUCAAGAUUGGUGACGAGAUUGAAAUCAGGCCAGGUAUUGUUACAAAAGACGAUCAAGGAAGAAUCCAAUGUAAAACAAUUUUCUCCAAUAUCAUUUCCUUAUUUGCAGAGCACAAUGAUUUGAAAUUUGCAGUUCCAGGAGGUUUGAUUGGUGUUGGUACCAAGGUUGAUCCAACCUUGUGUAGGGCAGAUCGUUUGGUAGGUCAAGUUGUUGGGGCCAAGGGUAAUUUGCCUUCCAUAUACUCUGACAUUGAAAUCAAUUAUUUCUUAUUGAGAAGAUUGCUAGGUGUCAAGACUGAGGGUCAAAAGCAAGGAGCUAAGGUCCGUAAGUUGGAAGUGGGUGAAGUUUUGAUGGUUAAUAUUGGUUCAACAGCUACAGGUGCUAGAGUAGUGGCAGUGAAAGCCGAUAUGGCUCGUUUACAAUUAACCUCGCCUGCUUGUACUGAAAUUAACGAAAAAAUUGCCUUGUCAAGACGUAUUGAAAAGCAUUGGCGUUUAAUUGGAUGGGCCACGAUAAAGAAAGGGACUACAAUUGAGCCAAUUCUUUGA